AUGACGACUUGGCUGGUGUUAUCCAGCCUGCUGGUCGUCGUCUCGGCGUUCAACAUCGACACAAAGAAUGCCGUGGUCCAUUCGGCCCCAGCCGGCGGCUAUUUUGGCUACUCGCUCGAUUUCUACAACGAGGAGAAAGGAAUGCCAGUGUUGGUCGUCGGCGCUCCCGAAUCCGAGACGACAAAUCCCAAUCUGCGAGGUAUUCGCAGACCGGGAGCCGUGUACGUGUGUUCCGUGAACAAACCCACUUGCCGCGAGGUGCACGUCGACAAGAAGAGGGGUAAUGAGCAUCGCCUGAAUGGCUCUACUCUUGCUCCGAUUGAGGACAAAGCCUACCAAUUCUUUGGGGCCACCGUCGUAUCGAACAAUAAGCACGAUAAACUCCUGUAUCGUGAUUGCGAGAUGUGCGCCGCCCCUAAGUACAAGUACUUCUUCUCCAAGUUCGAAGUGAUCGAACCGCGUCGGUUCAUGCUUCUUUGCCUGAGAAUGGGUUUACCGAUACUCAGGAAUUCUCACCCUGCCGACAAGAGCGUAAGUUUUCGAGGAUUACGUGACGAUAUCAUCAUGGGAUGCCCAUUCUACACCGAUUACGUCACCGUGAAAGACGCGAAGACGCAAGAGAGAAAGCCACAGUACGAUGUCGGCAAAGUCGUCAUCUUUUUCCAAACUGCUCCGGGAGUAUUCGACCGUACCUCAGUAAUUUUGGGAGAAGACCAAUGGGGUAGAUUUGGAUUCUCUUUGGCCGCCGCCGGUGAUCUCAACCAAGAC